GUUAGUAAUUUCCAUGAUUGAUCUAAUUUCUUCAACUCUUUAGUACUUCCUCAUUCUUCACCCUGUCUUUUCCAAUAAAAUCCUUCCAGCAUAUCCAAGUUUGCGUCCAUUAUUAUGCUUUCAUCAUAACCAUAUAGCAUUACUUUUCCCAUACUGUCGUUGGCACUUGUCGCCAUUUAUUCAUUGUCAGUUAGAGAGUGAAGGUGAAAUAUGCAACCAUGAUGAUAAACGUAUUUUUUUGUAUAUGGAAAAUAUAUUUCGAGCUACCGUGUAUAUUGUAAAUCAAAUGGUGUGGGAAAAACCCAGAAAAACCGUGGCAACACUGCAAACAUAACCUCCAAUAUUUUAUUUUCACAAGGAAAAAUAAAAAUUUGAUAAUUUAUGGCUUCGCAAUUAAGCACCAAGGAAAAACUGUUGAGUUUAAUUGAUGAUAUCGAGUUAAUCUCAAAAGAAAUGAUAGAAAAUGCAAUUGCCCCCAAACACUUGAAACUAUCCUGUUCGGAUUAUGCCCAACGCACACAGCUUUUGGUAGCAAAAGAUACAGAACUUAAAGAGACCUUAAAAUUGGCAUCGGAACAAGCGAAAAUUGACGAAAAGAUGGAUAUAUUAAAAGCAGAAGUUGAUCGACAAGAUCAGGACAUUAAUCAAUUACAAAAACAAUUAAAGGAAGCGGAACAAAUUUUAUCCACGGCGAUUUACCAAGCAAAUCAGAAGCUACAAUCGAUUCAUCGAGCGAAUAAGCGACCGGUGUCGUCGGAGGAACUCAUAAAAUUUGCACAUCGCAUUAGUGCAUCUAAUGCUGUAUGUGCCCCAUUGACAUGGCAGCAGGGAGACCCACGUAGACCUUAUCCGACAGACAUCGAAAUGAGAUUGGGGUUUUUAGGGCGGCUGAGUGAUCCAAUUAACGGUCAUUUAUUGCAGCAACAGAAUAAUAUUUCGGAGUUGCACAGGUCUGGACAUCCGGGAGACAUACCUGCCUCGCAACCGAACCAGUUUGCAUGGCAUCCGUCUGGUGAAAUUCACAUGAGUGUGGGUCAAGGUAGCGUGCAGGUGGAUACACGUAAUCAUAAGCAAGAAACGGAAGAUGUUGAGGUUAUGUCGACUGAUUCAAGUAGCAGUUCAUCGAGCGAUUCUCAGUAGUACUUAAGUUUAUUUGCUAUAUAAUUUUGAAGUACAAUAAUUAUGGAACGUUGUCGUCAUUUAUCACUUUAAAGAAAUUUUCAAUCACUUGAUCCAUCACCGGGUUACCACCGAGCUUCGCUACUUCGAGAACUGCUUCUUCACGUAGCUUGACUAAUUUUUGUCUUGUAUACUCGAAACUUCCAAAUUUUUCUAACAAUGAAACGCAGUAUUUCUUUA